AUCAAUAAUUGUGCACCUUUAAAAGAGAGAUACCAUACACCAAUCAAUAAAACCAUUUUACCCACAAGACUAAAAAAAAAACCUUAUCUACCAAAAUGAUACCCAAUUCCUCCAAAAUCAUAUUAUUCUUAUUUCUAUCAUUAUGCUCAACUUGCCUAGUUCAUGUAGUAGCCACCACCAACAAUGAUCUAUCAACUACUAGAAGAGAAGCCAUUGAAAUCAUCAUUGGUGGCGGGUCGUUCCCCAUUGGACCGACCCCAAUCGAUUGUGCACCACCGCCACCGCCGCCACCACCACCGUGUCCACCACCACCAUCACCACCGGUCGGGCCGAGUAGGGUUGAGAUAGCCACGAAGGUUAUACAAAAAUUUCUUAAACGUAUUAGUAGUGACAAAUGUGGGUUAAGCAUGAAAAUGCCUAGUAUGCCGAACUUUUGUAAGUCCUCUAAAUUUGGGUGUGCUCUUCUUCCACACUCUCAUCAACAAGGCCUUUAUACAAUUCAAUUUAACGAGUGUUAUAUUAAAGGUAAAAAUAUUACCUUAGAAGGCUUUAUAGAUAAACUCCCCGAUAUAUCCAUUUUCCAUGUAAACUCCAAUUCUUUUGGAGGAGAAGUUCCUAAAUUAAGUCACCUUCAAUACCUUUACGAAUUAGAUCUUAGUAACAACGGGUAUACGGGUGCAUUCCCAAAUAAUGUACUCGGAGCAACCGAAUUAAUCUACCUGGACCUCCGAUUUAACCACUUCGAAGGCCCAAUUCCGGCCCAAGUAUUUAACCUAGAUCUUUAUGUCCUUUUUCUAAACGACAACAAAUUUUGUAAGGACCUCCCUUCAAAUUUAGGGUCAACCCGAGUAUCAUUCCUUACUUUAGCAAACAACCAAUUUACGGGCCCGAUACCCAAGUCCAUUAAGCAAGCCCACAACCUUCUAGAAGUUUCAUUCUUAAAUAAUCAUCUUUCUGGGUGUCUUCCGUAUGAAAUUGGGUACUUAAAAAAUACCACUUAUUUUGAUGCUUCAAAAAACUUCUUAACGGGCCCAAUACCCCGUUCAUUUGGGUGUUUAGCUAAAAUGCAAUAUCUUAUUUUGUCAAGUAAUAAGCUAUAUGGGCCCGUACCCGAAGAAUUAUGUAAAUUGCCUAAUCUCAAAACUUUGACUUUAAGUUCUAAUUAUUUUACACAAGUGGGACCAGAAUGUAUGAAAUUGAUGAGAAAAGGGGUAUUAAAAGUGGAGAAAAAUUGUAUAUUGGGCCUUCCGGGUCAAAGAGAUUGGGAUACUUGUAAAUGGUUUUUUAAUGAGCCCAAACCAUGUGGGGAUGGUAAUGAUGAAAGUAGCAAUUAUAUUCCUUGUAAGGCUACUGCUGAUUAUUUGAAUUCUGAGGUGUUAUUAGAUGCUGUUCCUGAAUCUGAGCCACCUUUCAUUCAUGGGUUUCUUGCUCCUGGUACAAACUAAGGCAAUUAUAAGCUUUUAUUAUUUAUGUAAUUUUUUUUUUUAAAAGUUGUAUUUAUGUAGUACUUCCUCCGUUCCAUUAUACUUGCCACAUUUGAAAAGUAUAAUAUAAUAGUAAUAAUAAUUCAUUUGUUGUAAUUAGAAUAUUGUUUUUUCCUUUAAAUGUAACAAAAAUAGUACACGUUUUGUUUCAUU